UCAGUCAAGCCGUCAACAGGGGCUACAACAGUGACUGUGACUGUGCGGGGAAGGUGGGCACAUCAAAGGCAGACACAGGUUGACUGAUAAAGUCGUGUUGUGCGAGUGACUUCGCCGAAUUUUUUUUUUCUUCUUUUGGUCUCAGCCGGUUGCCAAAGGAAGACAUGAGUGAAGCAGGCCUGUAACUCGUGCACCUGAUUAAAGUGCAGCCCGUACCUUGACACGAUCAAUGGCCCACACGUACCGAGCCCCAUAUCCAUGGCCCAGUUACAAUGAUUUUCUGCUUUGUCAAUGUUGAUGUAAACAAAUCACGCUUUGCUUCUUUUUUACCUUGUGGACGGAUUCGGUGAUUUCAUUCAGUGUCCCACCGUUUACCUGCGGAAGUCAGUUUUUUCCCUCCCUUGAUCUUGAAGAACUUAAGCUCGUGGCAUUUGUUUUGUCAAGAGCAAAAAAAAUGAUUUGUUCAACGGUUCGGUGCCCAUGUACGCAAGGAAUAUAAAUUUGAGUAACUCAACGAAAUAAAACUUGUUAUAGUCUGUAAGCCUGCAUCACACAUUGUUCUCAAGUUCCUCUAUGUCCAGCGUCAGUUUUUACUGUUGUCCUUCUGGAAGCAGCAGAGUCGUGAUAUGUCAUAAAGGACCACUCAAGUAAUCGUCGCACUUUCAAGGGAACCAAGGACAGUGCCCCGUAUACCAAAACUCUCUAUGCACGUACUUUAUUCCUUCCAGAGAUAAGGAUCCCAUUUCUGUGACUACACAGUCAAUGCCUUUAAAAACAGUGACUUUCCAGGGCCAGAAUAAACUGAUUCAAGUUAUCAAGCUUCUUUUUCGUCUCCCCUGACGUCGUAUGGCUGUUGGUUGAUUGGGACUCGAAGGCCAUGCCCACAGCCAAGACCACCGUUUUGAAGGGGGACUUUACUGGCAGCUACGAGGGGAGCAGUUAUGAACAGCAUCCUCCCACGCAAGGUGGCGAGGAAGGCAGCCAUCGCAUGGGUUCAGGGCCUGGGCACAACGUGACACGCCGCCAAAACCUUGCACCACCGGACAACGUCCUCAACAGUGCAGCCUGCGCCGUCUGUGGUGACCGUGCCAGCGGCAACUUCUUCGGGGCUACUGUUUGCCUCCCCUGUAAAAGCUUCUUUAUCCGCUGCACCAAAGAUGGCGAGCCUGCCGUGCAGAAGCAGUGCAAUGGCUGCUGUGACGUCAGCAAAGAAUUACGUAAUCGCUGUCAGUUUUGUCGCUUCCAGCGCUGUCUGCUCAUUGGCAUGACUCGAAAAGAAAAGCCGAUGGUAGUGCACGCAGCUGAGGGUCAAGAGCUUUGUCGGGUGUGUGGUGACCUUGCCAACGGAGUCCAUUUCGGGAUCUUCACUUGUGAGGGAUGUAAGAAAUUUUUUCGACGAGGGUUGAAAGAGCACAAGAGUUACGUCUGCCGUGGCGCCCACGACUGCCAACUAAAUCCACGCAACCGAAACAACUGUCGUGCCUGUCGUUUCUGGAAGUGCGCAGCUGUCGGCAUGUCACGUGAUGCUAUCAAGAUGGGGCGACCACGAAAAACGUUUUUUCAGUCGAAAACUGAUGAGGACCAAGCUGGCCUACCACCAUCAUACUUUCAUCACAAACAAAGCAACACCACUCCACCUACCCAACUGACAGCGUUGCUUGACAACAAGACCCCACAGAGGUCUUUGAACAGGUCACCUCACCGUCGUAGCCCUACAGACGAAGUACGUUACCCUGUGUGCGUACCCCACUUGCAGCUCCAUCCGGAGAAGCCCAUAAGUUUUUAUCAGUGGGCGACCAGGAGUGAGAGUUGCAGUGCUGGAUUGUUGGGCAGCGAACCACCAUGUGUUGCAUCCGAAGAUGUGGGUAGGAGCCAGUCGCUUCCAAAUGUCCAGACAAUGCCGAUGAUCGUGCCUCUAGGGUCUGUACAGUCGGCUUCGCAUUUUUCGGCACAAAUUGGUGAAAAUCGGACUUUCACCAGUUCGAAUCCUUACAGCUCACUCUUUCGUUCUUCUGCUCCGGCUGUUACCCAGCUGCAGCCUCUGCCAGUUUCUCUGCGUCUCAAUACUGAUGCCAGCACUCAUUCUGUCAAGAAAUACAAAGGAAGCAAGCCUCCUGCACCGGAUGCACCAGACCACUUCGUUUCAACUCGUCUUUGCGACCAGACGUCUUGGGCGCCGCCUGCAUCACGUGACUUUCAUGCAGAAAGGUUGUCGCUGAUGUCAUCUGUCAACGACCGGGUCGUGAGAGGCCGUGACAUUGACGGAGCGCUCGACCUCAGUGUGAGGACGAAUGUUGCACCCAGCAGAAAAAAUGGUGUGUGCCCACCUUCUUACAAUGGUGAAUCACCGAGAGUGUAUUCUAUGCAACCGUGCAGCCAGGAAGACGUGGUUAGUUUGUUGAGAGCGACGACCACGACUGAAAGGGUGGUCUCCGAACAGGGAGCCUUUGACGAUGUCGAAAGAGGCAUCAAAAUUUCUCGGAUGGAUUCCGACAGUGUUCACGAUGAAAACACCAGAUCGAGUGGUGGUCCAGGGUGGACAGUUUCACAUCGCCCGAUAACCGAGGCAACGAGGCAGUUUGUUGCGCACAGUGAUGGUCCUGAAGAUCUGUCAGCGACUGACAAGCUACCUCAAGGCUCGGCGUUACGACAGAACUACAGAUUAUGUGAAAACGUUUCGGAAACAGGAAAUGUUUCAUUAUCGUCUCUUAGUUCUAUGCAUAUAAAUUCGCCAUGUCAGUCUUAUUACCAAUGGACUUCAACGAAAGAUAAGAAGGACCUUUUCGAAGCUUCGUCUUGGAAGGUGCCUACCACUCUUGUGCCCAGUCUUCAUCCCGAGAUGAGCGCGUCAAUCAGUUUGAACAGUGGUCUUGGUAUAAACCGUGCUUCCAGUGAGACACUCCGCACGGAAGAAUGUACGGAAAUUAAUUAUUUUGAUUCCAUGAGAAAGCUUUCCAGAGACGUGCUUAUGAGUGAGCAUAAGACGAUUACACUCAACAAUCAGAACGCACAAUAUACAUCAGAACAUUUCCCUAGCAUUCCCCAACAUUGUCCUGGAAGUCUCCGACAGGAGAAAGUCAUUCCCUCCGACAACUGUCAUUCGAUCCCUUCGGAACAUUCACAACAACUUCGAUAUCAACUGCGAGGCGAAAAACAGUCAACAAUUACCCCGAGGAACAACGCCCCAUUUGUAAAGGAAGACGAGAUACGCGCCUUGAAUGACAUUGCCGACAUAAUGCAUGCAGUAAUAGAAACAUCAGAGAGACAAAAGACUACUUUGAACCCUCAGGAGACUCCCACCCACUCGACGAUCCAGAUUCCCGAGGAACUGACACAGACCAAAUUAGGCUUCAAUCUGGUCAAGCUGCGAGAAUACUGGGACAAGACGCUGAAGCUUCUGAAUGUCCCCGCGCCAGUCGAUGGCGAUUUUGAGAUCCCUGACAUAUUCAGGUUCAUCGCCAAAGAGGAUGUGACGUCAUACGAAGAGAUCAAAAAGAUCACCAGUAAAAAACUCGACGUUGACUCCAAUCGCCCGGAUGGCUUGUGGUUGUGUCGGGAAGAGGAGCAGAACUGGAAGUGUUUGCAGACCCACAUGCCACGUAAUGUUCGUGGCGAGAAUCGUUUCCCCUUCGCUCUUCCAGGUACACAGGAACAUUUAUUUAUAUUUUCGUCUCAUUGUAAGAUGGUUUAUAAACGAGGUAUUCCUGCUUGA